ACGGAGGGGGUAUCGGCAUAUAGCGUCGGGACGCACAGCGUCCGACUUAGUCUCUAGUCAGCGUCAUCGUUCAAAAGUCGUUCAACGAAAAGCGAACAUUAUCUCCGUGGCAACAUCGCCGGCGUUCAACAAAAGGAAAAUAAGGAAACAUGCCGGCACGCAACAAGGAACAAGAGAAUGAGAUUUUAACAUGGAUCGAAACCGUGUUAGGAGAAAAACUUCCACCUGGAAAUUACGAAGAUAUACUCAAAGAUGGGGUGAUUCUGUGCAAGCUUAUCAAUAAAUUGGCGCCUGGCUCGGUAAAAAAGAUUCAGACCAAAGGAACUAAUUUCCAGCUUAUGGAAAAUGUUCAGAGAUUCCAAGCGGCCAUUAAAGAAUACGGUGUCCCGCAAGAGGAAAUCUUCCAAACAGCUGAUCUUUUCGAAAAGCGCAAUAUUCCACAGGUUACAUUGUGCCUUUAUGCUUUGGGCAGGAUAACACAAAAGCAUCCUGAAUAUACAGGUCCACGUCUAGGGCCAAAAAUGGCCGAAGAAAACAAAAGAUUGUUCACAGAAGAUCAGCUUCGAGCAAGCGAGGGUCAUCUCAAUUUACAAAUGGGAUACAACAAAGGAGCUAGUCAAGCUGGCCACGGUGGAUUUGGCAAUACUCGACACAUGUAAAUUUUCUACAAUGCGUAAAAAAUACAUUAUAAGCUUAUAAAAACACAAAAAUCUACAUAUAAACAUUUACAUAGAUAUAAAUAUUCUUCCAUCUACUUCUUUUAUCUACUUAUCGAUCUUGAAAUGUAUAUGAUUGAAGAAUUGCAAUUAGCAAUCAAUUUUAAAUAUUUAAUCACUAAUCUAUAACUGAUCUUUUUA